AUGCUACAGGCUUCCGUCGCCGAUACUCCCCAUACAUGUGCGACGUGCGGGAAGCAGUACCAACGCACCAGCCAUCUUCGACGCCAUGAACUCACACAUGCUGGGGAUGCAGGAUUCCGCUGUCCCUUUUGCGACAAGGUGUUUGCUAGACGAGAUGUCUGCCGCAAACAUUCUCUCCACUGCCCUCUCAAGGGCGCCAAUGCCGAUCCUCCCCUGGCGAAACGCGGCCAGAAGCCUAGGGCAUGUGACGCCUGCUUCCGGAGCCGUCUAGCCUGCGACAAUGACCUGCCCUGCUCCAGAUGCCUGGGGCGGAGCCUGCAAUGCAGCUACGCGCGGCUGGUUGCCCCGCCGGUGCAAGAUGGGAACGCCAUCACCGGGCAGGCGACCAUUCAACGCUCUGCCGUCGCGGCAGUACAAGUCACCCCGCGCCGGAGGGCAGCUUUCCAGAUCAAGAGCAGCAGCCCCGUCGUGACCAUCGAGAACACCCAGGCAGCAGAGAACCAGAAACACCCACGGUACCAGCAGCUGCCGACGCCGACCACUCUCGCCAGCCCCAGCCCCACCACCACGCAGCGUGCAGACACACCCAGGGAGCCCGACGGCGACGAGAAGAUGGCGGCGGCGUCGUUCCUCCUCAGCUUGACCAACCCGCAGUCGGAAUCCAUGGUCAAGGCGCUGAUCAACGAGCCGGGCCGCGAUGAGGCCCCCGACGACACGUCCAUGACGGGCGGUGAAGUGGGCUGCACCGACAGCAACGACAGCAGCAGCCACCUCAUCCCUCCCGACGUCGACCUUACCGACGCCGUAGCCGAUGCUGCCCUGGUCACCGGCGCAGGGUUCUUCCCCUGGAGCAUGGGCCCGCAGCCGAUGGACCUGGAAGGAGGGUGCGAGUACGACUACAGCACGCCCGAGGCAGAGUCGCCACCGACCGGGCGGGGAGCCUGCUACAUGGCGCAGCAGACGGCAUGCGCAGUGGUGCUGGCGGCGCUCGAGGAGACGCACGCGCGGCUCGUCGGCGCCGGGGGUGGGGAGGAGUUUGCAUACGAAGGCGGCGGCACCUACACGCCUGAACUCGCGGCCGAGGUCCUGACCCCAGGGAACGUGCGGGCGUUUGUGGCGAGGUACUUUCGCAACGCGCACCUCGACUUCCCGCUGCUGCACCGCGCGUCGUUCGCCAUCGAAACGGCCGCGCCCGAGCUGCUGCUGGCGGUCCUGCUGUGCGGGUCGCUGUACAUGCCCCCUACGGACAGUGCGCUGUCGGCGCGGAGCCUAUUUCUUCUCGCCGAGGAGUUGGCGUUCAGGAGGUUGGCGGUCGGGCUGGCGGCGGCCGCGGAGCAAGCGGGUGGUGGUGGUGGUGUGGAUGGGGUCGGGUGUACGCCGAGGCUCUACGAGACGCUGCAGGCGGCGCUGAUCAUGCACGGUCUGCAGAGCACAAUGAGGAGCUCGACGGCGAGGAGGCGUAAUAGGACGGUCCGGCUGCCUGCUCUCGUGUCUGCAGUUCGAGUGCUCAGGUUGGCCAAAACAAAACAUGCAGUGCCGGAUUUGAUGAUGAUGUCGCCCGAGGCGCGUUGGGCCGAGUUUGUCCAAGCCGAAACUCGCAUCCGCAUAGCAACCUGGACACUCUUGUCCGACUGCCAACAGAGCGGCGUGUUUCACUGCCCACAGCUCAUGACGACCCUCGAGAUGACGGGGGAUUUGCCGUCCCUGCCUGAGCUGUGGAACACGGGAAGCCCUUCGGAACUGGACCAGGCCAUUUCCACCUUUGGCAAGGACGGCCUGGUCAGAGGCGCAUCGAUGCGCGUGGCUGUGGAAACCUUGAUGGCAGAAAGAUGGGACGGACCCGAAGCAUUCCCCGUCAAGCCGUUAACUCUACCAGACCUACAAGUGCUUGUAUUUGCCAUCCAUAGCACCUUGCGUAACGCCCGCUUCGCCUCGAUCCUCCCCGCCGCAGCGCCCGUCGUUGCCCGCGCCAUCGACCGCUGGCAGGAGCUGUGGGAACUGGCGGCGCGCGGGCUAACGGCCGAAGAGCUCAGCCGGCGCGGUCUGGUGCGGCACUCUGGGGAGCUGUGCUGGCUGGCCCGGAUGAUGCUCGACGUGUCCAUGUCGGAGGACGCCGAAAGGUCUUCGGCGUAUCUUCAGGACGUCGCGCACGACUCUCUCGAGGAGCUGCAUGCUUUUCUGAGGAGUUAUUGCUUGUUGGGUGACUGA